CAGAGAAGAAGAGAGGAGAGGAGCGGAGCGUUUGGGUGUGGAGGUUCGAGGACUGCGAACCCCUGCUGCAAAACCUAGCUUGAGCUGUUUUCAUCAGCAGGGACACCUUGAUUGUGGAUAUUCGACAGGAGGACUCAGAACUCGUCGGGUGUUCAGGUUGAACAUUCGACAGGAGGACUGUGAACUCGUCAGGUGUUCAGGUUUCACUUUCGAGGUUGGGACGCACCUCGCUCCCUCUGGAGGAUGAGGGGUAAGCUGGACAUCGCAGGCCUGGUGCUGGGCUUCAUCGGGCUGAUCGGAGCGGCCACCGUCACGGGCCUCCCCAUGUGGAAGGUCACGGCCUUCAUCGGCGCCAGUCUCAUCGUCAUGGAGACGCAGUGGGACGGGCUGUGGAUGAACUGCUACAUGCAGAUGAACAUACGGAUGCAGUGCAAGGUGUACGACUCCCAGCUCAUCCUCCCGCCCGAGCUGCAGGCUGCCCGAGGGCUGAUGUGCGUCUCGGUCCUGCUCACCAUCGCCGCCCUGCUGGUGGCCUUCUGCGGCACGCGGCGGACCAACUGCUUCGGGGACGACGCGCGGGGGAAACGGAUCACCCUGGGCCUGGGCGGAGGCCUCUUCCUCCUGGCCUGCCUCACCACCCUCAUCCCCGUCUGCUGGACGGCCCACUCCAUCAUCAGCAACUUCUACAACCCCGAGGUGGUGGACUCGCAGAAGCACGAGCUGGGCGAGGCGCUGUACCUGGGCUGGGCCACGGCGGGGGUGCUCCUGGCGGCCGGGGCCAUCCUGGUUUACCGCUCCACCUCGCGGACCCACGAGAUGUACCACGUGGAGCCCGUGCUGAUGAGCGAGGAGGACUACCACGACGUGGAGCUGCAGCGUCAGCCAUCCAGCUCCUACAGCAGGAAGGAGUAUGUGUGAGUAGCCCCAUGGCUGGUCUCUCUCUCUCUCUCUCUGUGUGGGAGACGCUGCAGGACCGAGCUCUCUGCGAGGACCAUCAGAGCUGAUCUCUCUUUCAGAAGUGGCUAUGUAGCAUCAGGCUUUGGGAAUUGGUCUUCUGACAUAAUACAAUGUUUAUAUUCCAAUGUCCGGCACCUGCCAUUGCAUUCUAAAAGCUUUAUGACAUUUGCAGAGUGUGUACCCUGGUGUAAAAUCCAACUAUGACCAGCUUGAAAUGACCAGUUAGCAGCUUUUUUAAAGCAUAGCUUGGGGUGGUCAAACUAUGUUGAGCCUGGAACUGGUCUGAACUGGUCAACUGGUUUCAAAACGAUAGCUUGAGCUGUUUUUCUCAGCAGGGUAGCAUAAUGCUUAGACAUCUGGCCUUCUGACCUAAGGGUUGCAAGUUCAAUUAACACUGCCAUUGUACUGUUGAGGAAGCCCCUUUGCCGGAGUGGCUUCAUUACAUUACAUUACAUUACAUUAUUGGCAUUUGGCAGACGCUCUUAUCCAGAGCGACGUACAGUUGAUGAGACUAAGCAGGAGACAGUCCUCCCCUGGAGCAAUGCUGGGUUAAGGGCCUUGCUCAAGGGCCCAACGGCUGUGCGGAUCUUAUUGUGGCGAGACCGGGAUUAGAACCACUGACCUUGCGUGUCCCAGUCAUUUACCUUAACCACUACGCUACAGGCCGCCCUAUGUAUGUAUGUAUGCUUCAGUAUGUAUCCAGCUGUAUGCCUUUAGCUCUGUGGCUAAUCUCUGUGUGCUGAUACAGGACAAAACACAUGGAACAGGAAUUACAGCAAGUGCUGCUCUCCAUACAAAUUGUGUGAAACUGUCUAAUUUUGAAGCUACUUCAUAUCUGUAUUUAUGUAUGUUAACUUGGGUUGUUGAUAUUUUAGCACAUUAUAUAAAAAUUAAAUUAAAAUAUUAAAUUAUGCUAGGACCGGUCAUAAAUCAAGAGGCUGAACUGAAGUUAGCAUUUGUUUCUCAGUCUUUGGAAUUGACAGAACUUUUCACAGUGAAAUGAAUGUAUAUAUAUGGUUUUACAGCACUGUUUUCAUGGCCUUCUGGUUGUGUUGGUCUAUAUGAGUAAUCUGCCUGAAUAAAGAUGGAACUAACAACAUUA